AUGAACCUCGAAGUGAGAGGGAACCUUCCGGAGCGAUUUGAACCAAAGUGCAGAUACGCCCAUAUAACAGGCAGUGGUCAGGGGCGCCAUUCUGUAUCACAGUCACAUCUCACGAGGAGGAGUACGAUAGGUUUGAAUGGGAGUCACGGUCCUGAAAGCUUACCUGCUAACACGAAUUUGGAUAUGAACCUGAAUUUGAAUAUGGGCAUGCACCUGAACAAUAAUCUCGACGUGGAUGGGAACAUAAACUCGAAUCCGAACUUGGACCUGAAUUUGAAUGCGAGUCUGGAUUCGUUAAGAAAUGAUGCGUACAGCAACAGGAGAAACAGAGCGACAUCAAUGGCAAACAGUUAUGGCAACAACGGCAGUCGAUUUAGUAUCGACUCUACCUCGAAAUCAUUCGGGCAGAAUAAGG